GUGACAUUCAACAUCCUCUAUCUUUACUGAUCGCGUCUCCUUAUUCUACAGGAACCUGAGCCUCAGCCUGAAGCACCUCAAAACAACGAAAACAACAACACGAACACGAACACCACCACCACCACCAACGAGACGAAACUACCCCCCGUCAUGGAACACGACGAACCUCAACCCACUGAACCCACCGUCCAAAAGACGCCAGUUCGCAACUCUACCAUGAACAAAACACCAAACAAAACUCCCAAAUCCGAAAAGAAACCCACGGAAAACAAAACCCCCACGAGCACCGCCGCCACGCGUCCCCCAAUGGGCGAAAUGCAUCCAAGCAAGGUGCACCAAAGCACCGCCAAAAAGGUCGACUCCGGAUUAAUCCUUGGCUUCAACCCGGUCAAGAAAGACGCGAAUGGAAAGGUUGUCAAGGAUACUGUUGGUGAGAAUACACCUACCAAAGCCAAGGCGAAGGGUUCCCCGGCUAGCCAGUACGGCACGCCCGGAUUCGAGUUCAAGUUUGGGUGCCAGGAGUCGGAGCUUAGUGGUGAGGCGAAGAAGCUGAUGGAGAGUGUGAGGGAGGAUGUGGCGAGGAUCAAGGCGCAGAUGAUCCAGGACAAGCAGUCGCAGGAGAAAUCUGAAGACAACACGCGUGAGAGUGAUAGGAGGAUCGCGCAGCCGAAGGGCAGAGCGACUCGGUUUAGUAAUGCUCACAUGGCCGAGUUUAAGAAGAUGGAUUCUAUUGCUGGUCAUCCUUCUGCAUUCAGAGCUGCGCCAGGUCGGUUUAAGCCGGUGGAUGCUACUCAGACGCUGAAAAGGACCAAGUCCAAGGCGCGUCUUGAUGAGCCUGAGAGUCAGAACAACUCGCCGUCCAAGGCUACGCCGUCGAAAGCUACGCCUGUCAGGCAUUCGCCGGCUCCUGUGGCUGGUGCCAAGCGCGUCAAGCAUGACAAGACUGAUGAUGCUUCUACUCGUCGCCCGUCCAAGGAGAGUGAUGCCCUGGCUACUACUGCACCGGCCGCUGCGCCCGCCACCACUCCCAGACGCACGAUCGAUCCUUUGCGGCGCCGUACCGCAGUCCGCAGCUCUUUGUUGACCCCCACCAGAUCCUCGAUGGCUCGUGCGUCAUCUGCUAGCGUCAAGCCGCCCAAGAAGCCAUCGAUGAUCCCGGCACCGACGCAGUCUCCCGUCAGCAAACCUAUGGCUGCCCCGCGCACUCCCCAGACCGAGUUCAACCCGCGCCUCAAGACCAACCUUCCCAGCUUUGCCAAUCUCAAGUCGAUCCUCCGUCGUCGUGAGCCUUUGUUCUCGAAAGACCCCGCCAAGAUCGCUGCUGGAACGCACUCUGCGGCGCCGGACUUUACUCCUGAUCUCCUGUUCAACGGUGUCCACGGUGGGGAUGAAAAGGACGAUGUCGCGCAGACGCCUUCGCCCAGGAAACGCGUCGGUUUCUCGCCCAGCGUCAAAUCUCCCAACGACCUGCCUCCCGCGUCGCCAUCCCCAUCUAAGCUUCCGACAUCCACACGUCCCGCUUCGGACAUCACCUACCCCACCCUGCCAGCCUUAACCCCAGAAAAGGCCACCACUUCAAACCCUGGAACGCCCUCAAUCCGGCCCGUCCGCCCCUCAACCGUCACCGAAGACGAGUCCCUGAUGCCAGAAGUCCCGGGCGUGAUGCACGGCAUCAACAACAAAAAGCGUCACCGCGUGGAACCCGACGAGGCAGAGGCAAACACCGAGAACGUCCCUCCCGCCGAAUCAACCACAAACAUAAACACAUCCGACGAACGCAGCGCAAAGCGCGUCAAAUCCAACACACCUGUCAAGCGCCAUGAACCCCCGACACCUAGCCCUGUCAAGGUCCGUACCGGUACGCCGUUGCGCUCUGCGGGUAAGGUUAGCCGUCCCAGCGGCACUCCUGGAGGUAUGAGCCGUACUGGCACUGCUACUGGUACACCUGGUAGCGUCCAGAAGAAUCGGUUUAUGACGAGUAGUCGGUUGAAUAUGUUGGCGCAGCCGAAGCAUCGUUGAUUCGAUACUCAUGAUUGCAUUUAUGGAGUUGCACAUAGAUUUUAACACAUUUCUGAGACGCGUUGGUCAUCUCACACCACAGUCAGUCGGCAAAUUUGGUUGAACUGGUUGUGUUUUCUUGUAUCUAUCACCAUUUCGUUUCUUUUUUUUUUUUUUUUUUUUUCCUUUUUU